AUGAUGGAACCGGAAAAAGAGCUAAGAAUCACUUUGAUAGGAGCUGGCACCAUCGGCCUCUCCUUUGCCGCCUUCCAUCUCUCCCACCUCCCAGCGUCAUCCCACCUGACGAUAUACGACACCCGUCCUAAUGCAGAGCAAUACAUCCGCGACAACCUACAAAAUUUCUAUCCUAAAAACUCUUCCCCACCCUCCAUAACCGAUCUCCAAAUCGCAACUACUCUCCCAGACGCCGUCUCCAACGCGCACAUCAUCCAAGAAUCCGGACCCGAAAAUCUCCAAAUAAAGCAAGACCUAUGGGCCGAAGUAGAAAAACACGCCAAAAAGGAUGCCCUCCUCUGGAGCAGCACAAGCGGUAUCCCCGCCUCCCAGCAAGCACAAAGAAUGCAAAACAAGACGCGCCUCCUCGUGGUCCACCCGUACAAUCCCCCGCACAUAAUGCCGCUCCUCGAGCUCGUACCGUCCCCCUCGACGUCCGAAGAGGUGAUCCAACGCACGCAGGACUUCUGGCGAGCGCGCAACCGCGUGCCCAUCCAUAUCCAUCAGGAGACUACGGGAUUUGUAGCAAACCGUCUGGCUUUUGCGCUGCUGAGGGAAGCGAUUCAUCUUGUUGACGCGGGCGUCGUGUCUGUGGCUGAGCUGGAUGGGAUUGUUGAGAGUUCAAUGGGUCCGAGGUGGGCGGUUGCGGGACCUUUCAAGAGCUACCAUGCUGGCGGUGGGCCUGCGGGUUUGGAAGGCUUUUUUAAGAACAUUGGGGAGACGGUCCAGGGGUGUUGGAGCGAUGCUGGGAAUGUUAACGUGGGAGAUGGAUGGGAAGGUAAGGUAUUCAGGCAAGCUAGGGAGGCGUAUGGUACUGUGGACGUCGCAGAGAGGGAUAGGAUUACGCGCAGAUUGUUAGAUGUUCUGGAAGAGGAGAAAGGGAGGAAGACGUUGGCAAAUCCAUCAGCAUCACAAUGA